AUGGAGAAUCUAACCGAUUGCACACUUGGACCAAAACCAAAGCAAAUGUGGAUCCGUUUGGAAGGCAAUCCCGAAGUUUGGAACAAGAUGAUCCAUGAAAAUGGUGUCGACAAGGCGUGGUGCUUCCAUGACAUUUAUGGUUUCGACGAAGAAUCGCUCGGCAUGAUUCCACGACCUGUCACUGCUAUCAUUUUCUUAUAUCCCGUGACCGACAGCGCCAAGAAGUUCAGACAGCAAGAAAAGGUCAAGUUGACUCAACAAGGUCAAGAUAUCAGCCCAAAGGUCCUUUACUUCAAGCAAACGAUUGGACACGCUUGUGGCAUGAUGGCCUUGAUCCACGCCCUCGCAAACAACAAACAGGUCCUUGGUCCGGGAUUGUUUCAAGACAUUGUCACCCAGGCAGAGCCUAUGACAAUUGAAGAACGCGCUGGACUGUUGGAGAACUGUGCGCAGUUGGCCACCGUUCACAAGAAUGCGGCCAUGUCCGGACAAACCGAGCCACGUUUGGAUGAUUCGGAUCGGCACUAUUUUGUAGCGUUUACGGAAGUGGAUGGGAAUCUCUAUGAGUUGGAUGGUUCCAAGGCAUUCCCCAUCAACCAUGGACCCAGCUCGGAUAUCGUCAAAUCCACUGCACAAAUAUUGCGCCAAUAUAUCGAACGCGACUCUGCCGUUCAUGAUUUCAGCGCUAUGGCCUUGUCAAAGUCUGACUGA